AUGUCUGCAAUUGAUCCGGGAGCAUCUUCAAUCACCGUCGCAGUUCGAGUGCGUCCCUUCACUAUCAGGGAAGCCGCCCAAGUAGUAAGGAAUGACGAUGGCACACUCUUCCUGGGCGACGGCUCACUGGCCGCGGCGCCAACACCCAAGCUGCAUCAGAGAGGCAUUCGAAACAUUGUCAAAGUAGUUGACCACCGGUGCCUCGUAUUCGAUCCCCCCGAAGACAAUCCUAUGCAGAAAUUUUCGAGAUCCGUCGUGCCUGGUUCCGGAAAGAAAGUCAAGGACCAAGUCUUUGCCUUCGAUCGAAUCUUUGACGACAAUGUCACCCAAGCCGAAGUCUACGAAGCAACCACAAAGACUCUGCUGGACAGCGUCUUGGACGGAUACAACGCCACGGUGUUUGCAUACGGCGCGACAGGGUGCGGGAAAACACACACAAUUACCGGGACCGCUGCCCAGCCCGGCAUCAUUUUCAUGACCAUGCAGGAACUGUUCGAGAAAAUUGCCGAUCGGGACGAGGAAAAGAACACCGAGAUAACUCUGUCUUACCUUGAGAUCUACAACGAGACAAUCCGCGACUUAUUGGUCCCCGGCGGCAGCAAGCAGGGACUGAUGCUCCGAGAGGACUCGAAUCAGGCGGUCACGGUGGCUGGGCUGACAACGCACCGUCCCAAGGACGUGCAGGAAGUCAUGGACAUGAUCGUGCAAGGCAAUGAAUACCGGACAGUAUCUCCGACAGCAGCCAACGAGACCUCGUCGCGUUCUCAUGCAGUCUUGCAGAUCAAUGUGGCACAAAAGGACCGCAAUGCCGCUGUCAACGAGCCGCAUACGAUGGCAACGCUGAGCAUAAUCGACCUUGCCGGAAGUGAACGGGCCAGUGCCACAAAGAACAGGGGAGAAAGGUUGCUGGAAGGGGCCAACAUCAACAAGUCCUUGCUGGCUCUGGGUAGCUGCAUCAAUGCCCUGUGCGAUCCCAAGAAGAAGAAUCACGUUCCCUACCGCAAUAGCAAGCUCACCAGGCUGCUCAAGUUCUCGCUCGGAGGCAACUGCAAGACGGUCAUGAUUGUGUGCGUCAGUCCCUCGAGUGAGCACUUCGAUGAGACCCAGAACACCCUUCGUUACGCCAAUCGCGCCAAAAACAUCCAGACUAAGGUCACCCGAAACGUUUUCAAUGUUAAUCGCCACGUCAAGGAUUUCCUUACCGCAGAGGCCACUUUCUUCGCCAAAUUCAAAAAGAAUCUUGAGAAGAGGCAACAGGUGUACCGCGAGGGCGUCCAGCGCAUCCGGACGGCGUAUGAGAACUCGUCAGCCGAGAGACAAGAGAAGAUCAACACCAUGAAGCGUCUGAAGCUCUUCGAGCGACGAAUCGGCAUGCUCUCCGCUUGGAUCGCUGCUUUCGACACCAUUUGUGACAAGCGAGAAGACGAGGGCAUGCCACCGAACUUGGAGGCGAUGCGCAAGACCGCACAGGGCAUCUUGGCUGAGCUGGAGUCAAGUCGGCAGCAUCUCCAUCAAAAGCUGGAACGCUCGAAUUGGGAACGAGCUAUCGACUCUGCCUUGCAGCACAGCAUUGUCCAGCUUCCAUCAGGUGAUGGCAUUGCGGACUGUGGUGAGGCAGCCAGCCUGGCCCGUGAAGCCGACCUCCUGAAGGCACAGCUUACGCGAGAGGCAAAUCAGCAAGUAUUGGAGCAGGAGAAAGGCGCCGAUGCUGCAACUAUCCAAUCGCUUCUCACGGCUCAAUUCGAGAUGCUGUCUUCCAUGACGGACCUCGUGGCCAUGGAAGAGGAAGAUGCUGUCGCGCACGCGAAGGAAAUCAUCAAAGGUCUGCUCGAGACGGGGUACUCCGUGGCGUCUCACGUCAUCAAGCCUGACGGCUCUGUGAUGCCCGCUGAGAUGUUCCCACCUUCCAAGCGAGGAACGCCCAAGAGAAAGAAAGGCUCCAGCAUCCAUAUCAAGCCGAUUCCCGCACCGGCACUGGCUGCUGCGCCGCCCACGCCCGUCCGCGAGCAUGGUUCCCCGUUGAAGUCCCCCAGGCGCCGGAAGGCAGUGAACGCAAAGAAAGGAGUUUCCUUUACCCCCGUGAAAAAGAAGUCGACCCCAAAGCGUGUCCUGCGCUGGCGAGAUGAAGAGACUUCUGGCACCCUUGCGGACUAUGAUAAGACGCCCAAGAAAUUCGAACCCAGUCCCAUCUCAGAACCCCGGGAGGCUUCUCCGGAUGUAGCUGUGCCCCCACGGCCAGCAGUGCCGCCAUACCUGAAUGGCGCAGGUGACUCUGGAUCGGACUCGAGCCCUUCACUGGUGGUGCCAAAAACCGCCAGCCUUCCCUUGGCUAAACCCAGCAGGUUCCAGGCAGGCUUCUUGGCCAAAUCCCAACCCUCUCAGGACGAUGGGUCACCGCUCUCGGCACCUCCCUCAAUGCGACUGAAUUUAGCCGGUGCGUCAGACAGGAUUUCUCCAUUACGAGCCCUUGAUGUGGACAGAACGGGUAACCACCUUUCUUCUCCACGAUCUACUGGAUCCUUGCGGUCGAGCCCAAAGCCACCCAGACUUACACCGUUGGAUGAAAAUAGCCCUCCCGCUGCGAAUUUCGCCAACACCUCCUUCUCGCCUGCCGCUUCGAACAGUGACGCCGAGCCGACCACGAAAACGAUCGAUCCGACAAAGCUCCGAUCCGCUCUUCACCUCGCCAAGAGAAGAGACCGCCUAUCCUCGAUGGGGGGCACUGCGAGCGCCAACGCGAAGCGUGUCUCUAGCGUCGGCUCCUCAGGUAGCGGCAUCGAAAGCAGGCGACGGUCUAUUCAUCGGGUCUCCUCCUCGUACUCCGGACCGCUUGCCUCGUCAACAAAUGGGAUCUCCCGAGACCGAAGACGACGAAGCGGAUCUGGAGAGGGAUUCGGAGCAGGUACCGCAGCCUCCGAGCGUCGAAGAAGUCCUCCACUCAGCUGCGGCACCUCGCCUCCCGGCGGUGGAGGAGCCGCUCGCGCCUUCACCGCUGGCCAGGCCAGACGAAUGAACAUGGGAGGCAGCAUGAGGCUCGAAGGGAUGGUCAGCCCCAGAGGGGUUGCGGCCAAGUCGUCAGCAGCAGCGCAGGGCAGGCUCGAUAGUAAGGCUAGGAGAAUCACCAUCGGCGGCGCUGCUGGCCUCCCAGGCGGGGCCGGGCCAUCGAAGCGGCCGAGUGUGGUGUGGCGAUAG